UCUUUAACUGUUGAUGAGAACAAGUGGAAUAGAAAUGGAACUAAAACUUGGAUUUUUGCUGCUUUGUAUUCUGUAUUGUACAUCAGCAUACAGAAUUCGUACAGAAGAAGAAAUUGCAAAUCGUGAGAACAUGCUGAAGCACAUCGACUCAUUUACUGAACUUUUCAUCAGCGAAUACACAAACUUUACAAGAACAGGCAUUCAAACUCCAACUUUAGAAAGUAUGAUGAAGAUGAUGCAAAUUCCAAAAGAGUUUGCAACUGAAGAAGUUGGAGAUUUGGACGCAGAAGCAGCUAUAAUGACAUGUGUAGCAUGUCGAUCCACAUUUGCAUUGAUGUUAAAUCAGUAUCGAACUGGACAGAGAGAUAGAGAACAGCUGACUCAGGAUUCCAUUACAUUGUGCUUACAACUUACAUCUUACAGUAUUAUUGUAUGUGAAGGUGCUGUAAGGAAGUUUGUGGAUAUAGUUCUCUUCAUUGUUGAUAGUCGUCCUUCAUUGACAGCUAAUCAGAUGUGUUCUAUAGUAUUGGCACCUGAUUGUGGGGAUCCAGAUCCAAUUUACGACUUCACAAUCAAUGUUUCUCCUGGUCAACCGAUUACUGGACCAAAGACUGCCUUCACACCUAGAAAUUCUAAUGAGAUGAAGAUUCUUCAUUUCACAGACAUCCAUUAUGAUCCUAACUAUUUAGUCGGUGGAUUCGCAAACUGUGCAGAUCCAAUUUGCUGUCGACGAGUCAAUGGACUAGCACCAAAUCCUGAAGAUAGAGCUGGACAAUGGGGUGAUUAUAGAUCAUGUGGAACACCCUGGCAGUCAGUUGAAGAUGCUUUAAGAUCUGCAAAUGCUCAACAUCCAGAUGCUGAUAUGGUUUAUGUUACUGGUGAUUAUGUGGAUCAUGGAAUAUGGGAAACAACUCAGGCUGGAAACACUCAAAUUUUCGACAGACUUUAUGCAAUGUUCAGGACAGUCUUUGGAAACAAACCAGUCUUCAUUGUUCUUGGCAAUCAUGAAGCAAAUCCAACAAAUCAAUUUGCACCGCCACACAUCACAGAUCCAAAUCUAGCAACUCAUUGGCUUUAUCAGCAUGCUGCUACGGCUUGGAGUCAUUGGCUUCCAGCAUCAACACAGGCAACAAUUCGUCGUGGUGGAUAUUAUACAGCACUUUCACCAGACUCGAGACUCCGAAUUAUUGGAUUGAACAACAAUGAUUGUUAUAAUUUGAACUUCUGGAUGAUGUACAGCACUGAUCAAAUAGCAGAGCAACUGCAAUGGUUCCACGACACACUUUUGGCUGCUGAAAGAGCUGGAGAGAUGGUUCAUGUAGUCACACAUAUGAGCAGUGGUGGAUCUAGUUGCUCUCGUUGGUGGUCAAGAGAAUAUCGAAGAGUGAUUGAAAGAUUUCACAGGAUUAUUGGCGCUCAAUUCUUUGGACAUUCUCAUCAAGAUGAUGUUGUAGUUUUCUAUGCUAGAGAUCAACAUACAGUUGCUAUCAAUGCUGGUUGGGUUGGAGGUACAGUAACAACUCACAGUGGACAUAGUCCAAAUUACAAUGUUUAUCAUGUUGACCGAGUUCAUUUCCAAGUAAACGAGAAGGAAUCUUGGUCAUACAACAUGAACGAAGCCAAUUUGAACCCAGCAACUAGUCCAGUAUGGCGACAGCUUUAUCAAUUCACACAACACUUUGGUAUCAGCAACACAUCACCAGCAUCAUUAGAUAAUUUCGUGUCAAAUAUUUUGUCACGAAGUCGUCGACUAUUGACUGACUAUUAUGGAUUCAGAAUGUCAAACAGUCCAUUCAUUUUGGCUCGAGGAUGUGAUGAUAACUGCUUACGCAACAGCUUGUGUCGAAUUGUUUCAAAUGAAGUUAGUGACAAUAGAAAAUGUGAUGAGAUUAGAAACUUUCCACUUACAUAAUUUGUAGGAGGAGAAAGGUUGUUAUAAAUUGUAUGGCAUUAAGUCUUAAUAAAUUCUGUUGGAUGUCUAAUAAAUUGUAU